AUGGGAAUAUCUCGUCAAAGCAGAAUCACCAUUCUGCUGGUGAUCGAUACAUUUUUUUUCUUAUUGGAAAUAAUUGUUGGGUCUUCAGUGAAUUCUUUAGCUCUGGUUGCUGAUUCCUUUCAUAUGCUAAACGAUGUUAUAAGUUUAAUUGUUGCGUUAUAUGCAGUCAAGCUUGCAGCACGGACGACAUUUUCAUCUAAAUAUUCAUAUGGUUGGCAACGUGCCGAAGUGUUAGGCGCACUUGUAAAUGGAGUCUUCUUACUAGCUUUAUGUUUUAGUAUUUUUAUAGAAGCGAUUCAACGAUUUUUUGACCCUAAAGAAAUAAAAAAUCCAAUGUUAGUACUUAUUGUAGGAACAGCUGGAUUCAUAUCAAAUCUUAUAGGAUUAGUUUUAUUUCAUGAACACGGACAUGGACAUGAACACAAAGAACAUUCAGAUAUUCAAUCAAGUGAAACAGUUGAACCCUCGCCAAAUGAGCGAAGAUUAUCUACACCUAUAGAUGAAAUUUUAGUUCAUCCAGCACAAUCACGUCAAUUUGUGGUUCAAGCUGCUCAAGCAAUAGAGGAGGAUGUAUCUGAAGUUGAAUCUGAUGGGCAAGAUAUUACCAAUGCUGAACAAGCUGCAGGAUCAACGCCAGCGGGAGAUUUGGACACUAAUGAAAAUUUAGGUGCGACAUCGCCAUCAAAUGCACACAGAUCAAGCUAUGGUACAUUGAAAAAUACGCAUGGUCACAAGGGACAACCACAUGAUACAUCGAAACAUUCGCAUGGCCAUAAACAUGAACAUCAUAAGGGGCAUGCACAUGGUGGUCAAAAUCUCAAUAUGCAAGGAGUGUUUCUUCAUGUUCUUGGGGAUGCAUUGGGUAAUAUCGGUGUUAUUGCUACAGCGUUAUUUAUUAAUUACACAGAAUAUAAAUGGAGAUUUUAUGCUGAUCCUAUAAUAAGUUUGGUUAUCACGGUUAUCAUUUUUUCAUCUGCAUUACCAUUAGUGCGAAGUGCUUCAUAUAUUCUAUUACAAGGUGUACCAUCCGGUAUUCCCAUAGAUGUUGUACGAGAAAAACUACGAGAAACGCCUGGUGUAUUGUCUGUACAUGAAUUACACAUCUGGCAAUUAUCGGACACGAAACUGAUUGCAUCUGUUCAUGUGCUGCUUGAUCCUCGAACUGAUUAUAUGACAAUUGCAGCUGAUAUAAGAAAAAUUUUGCACUCUUAUGGAGUUCAUUCCGCCACCAUCCAACCAGAAUUUAUUAAGUCGUCUAAUGCUAGUACAUUAAAUGAUCCGGACGCAGAAAUGAUUGCUAAUGAAAUAGAUGGGCAUGAAUCAGCAUGUCUACUUCGCUGUGCUGAAGAUGAGACAUGUGCACAAAAUGUUUGUUGUCCGACUCCAGCGACUACUGAAUAA